GACCGAGAGUCUGGAAAACCGAAAACUGAGAAAAAAGCAGAGGCCACAGAAGGAAGGAGUCAAAAACACCAUGGCGCGUCUCCUCAACGCGCCGCCAUCUUCUCCGUUCCUCUCCAGCCUCGUGGCCUCUCUUCGCCUGAUUCCUCCGCCCUCCUCCGCUCGCCGGCCGCCGCUCCAAUUCAAGGUGAAGUGCUCGUCGUCCGGAGAGAGCCGGGAGCCGGAAUCGGAGGCCGGAGCGCCGUCGCUGUCUUCUGCUGCUGCUGAUGCGGAUGCGGAUGCGGAUGCAGAUGCUGGUGCUACUUCGUCGUCGAGCGGCUUGACUUACAAGUUAUACGCAGGGAUUGGAGGCGUAGGGUUCUGCGAGACUGCGUACUUGACGUAUCUCAAGCUCACAGAUUCCGACGCGUUUUGCCCCAUCGGCGGCGGCAGCUGCGGUGACGUGCUCAACAGUGAUUAUGCUUCGGUUUUUGGCGUUCCUCUUCCGUUGAUUGGAAUGAUUGCAUAUGGAACUGUUGCUGCUCUUGGUGUAAGGCUGUCGGGAAAAGAUUUGCCCUUUGGACUCAAGGAAUCUAAUGGUCGUCUGGUUUUGCUUGGGAUCACAACAUCCAUGGCUACUGCUAGUGCAUACUUCUUGUACCUUUUAAGCACAAAAUUAUCUGGAGCAUCGUGCUCGUACUGUCUAUUGUCAGCUUUGUUGUCAUUCAGUCUAGUCUUCAUCACCAUAAAGGAUUUUGGGUUUGAAGAGAUACAAAAGACGUUGGGACUACAGCUGUGCAUGGCGAGUUUGGUGGUAGUUACGCUAAGUACUGCGUAUAGUACUUCUCAAUCAAUCCCUUCAAGCCUUGCAGGAACAGAAAUUCCAUUUUUUGCAACUGAGAUUACAACACCAUCAAGUACUUUUGCUGUUUCUCUUGCAAGGCAUUUGCACUCUAUAGGUGCAAAAAUGUACGGUGCUUUUUGGUGCUCUCACUGUUUGGAACAGAAGCAGAUGUUUGGGCGUGAGGCAGCAAAGAUAUUGGACUAUGUGGAAUGCUUUCCUGAUGGAUACAAGAAAGGAACCAAAAUAGCCAAGCAAUGUGCUGAUGUUGGAAUAGAAGGCUUUCCUACAUGGCUGAUAAAUGGCGAGGUUUUGAGUGGAGAGCAAGAAUUAUCAGAGCUUGCCCGGCUGUCUGGAUUUGAAUCUGACGGGCUUAGUGGACUUACUUAGACGCUUCAUCCCUCUAAUCUGCAUGACUUCCAUUUUCCAAGCAGUUCGAGUAGUACAGUGGCACACAUUACAAAUAAGUCUGAUGGGGCUUCUCUUUUACUCGUUGCUCUACAAAUCAUUGGGCACCAGAAAGCUUUUUCUUCUUUUUUUUUGGGCGG